CACACACACCGGUUUAGCGCACGUGUGUUUAAAUUGCUGUGAAUGUUGUGUUUAUUAUUUACAUCGUAGUUUUUUCAAAAGACAAUUAUAAUGAGUUGGUUAUUUGGAUUGAGGCAAAAUCCUAUGCCUGAUCUAUCUUCUACUGGGUUCCCGCCGGAUGGAAGUCCUGGAGAAGGUCAAUCGUCCGGCGGUGGUAAAUCAGGUUCAGGAUCUAAUGAUGAUAAUGCCAAACGCAUGGAUGCCUAUAGAUUUGACUCCUCUGCAUUGGAACGAGCAGCAAAAGCUGCUCGAGAAUUGGAAUUAUCUCCAAAUGCAAAACAGUAUUUGGAGCUUGCCAAACUUCAAGAGCAAAACUUGAUAGUAGAAAAGCAGUCCAAAAUGAAAGAAUAUGAAGCACUUAUUGAAAACGCAAAAUCAGAGCAAAUACGUGUACAGCAGGAAGAAAGACGGAAAACCAUAGCGGAAGAAACAAAACAUAAUCAAAUGAGAGCCCAAUAUGCGGAUCAGCUUGCACGGAAGCGAUACGAUGAGCAAUUGAUUCAGCAACAAAGAGCUAAUGAAGAAAACUUAAGAAAGCAGGAAGAAUCUUUAGCAAAACAGGAAGCAAUGAGAAGAGCUACACUGGAGAGAGAAAUGGAGAUUCGAGCACAGAGUGAUAUGAAAAGAAUUGAAGCUGAAAUGCGAGCAAAAGCAAAAGUCGAUAGAGAAAACCAAGAUUUAUAUUUAGAGCAAAUACGCUUAAAGGCUGCUGAAAGCAGAACUACAGUUUUGGAAUCCAUAAAAACAGCUGGAUCUAUUUUGGGAACUGGAUUCAAUGCCUUUAUUAGUGACUGGGGUAAAGUUACUGCAACUGUGGCUGGUGUUACUAUGCUUGCCUUUGGCUACUAUACAGUAAAACAAGGUACUGGUGUAGCUGCAAGAUUCAUUGAAGCCCGUUUAAACAAACCAUCGCUUGUGCAAGAGACAUCACGUCUUACUCUGUCAGAAGCCCUAAAACACCCAAUCAAAACAAAACAAAGGUUGUUGAACAAACCUAAAGAUGUUUUGCAAGGUGUUAUAUUAAAUCCUACUUUAGAAGAACGUCUUAGUAAAAUCACAAUUGCUACUAGAAAUACUAAGAAAAAUAAAGGCAUGUACAGAAAUCUGUUAUUAUAUGGUCCUCCUGGUACAGGAAAAACUCUUUUUGUAAAGAGGUUAGCCCAACACUGUGGUAUGAACUAUGCCAUUAUGAGCGGUGGUGAUGUUGUUGCUAUGGGCAGAGAAGGUGUUACUGCCAUCAAUAAAGUUUUUGAUUGGGCCAACAGUUCUCGAAGAGGGUUGUUAUUGUUUGUUGAUGAAGCUGAAGCCUUUUUGCGAAAAAGAAGUUCAGAAGCAAUUGGGGAAAAUGUUCGAGCAGCUUUAAAUGCAUUUUUAUAUAGAACGGGAGAUCAAUCUGAUAGGUUCAUGCUAGUCCUUGCCAGCAACACCCCUGAACAACUGGACUGGGCUAUGAAUGACAGAAUGGAUGAAGUUGUUGAAUUUAGAUUACCUGGCUCAGCAGAGAGAGGACGCAUGAUUUACAUGUAUUUUGAAAAGUUUGUUCUUAUCCCAGCUACUGAAGGAAAAAGGAGAUUUAAAGUUGAGCAGUUUGAUUACAUAAAAACUUGCUCUGACAUAGCAACAAUGACUGAAGGUUUGUCUGGAAGAGAAAUAGUUAAACUUGCAUCUGCAUGGCAAUUUGCUGCAUACGCUUCAGAUACUGGCCUGUUGACAAAAGAAAUGAUCAUGACUGAGGUACAAAAUGCUGUAAAACAGCAUGAACACAAAGCCAGUUGGCAGACCAUAGAGGAAACAAAGAAACAAAUAUUAGAAGCUUCUAGGCCCAGAGCAAUACCUCUUGAAUACCCUAAAGCUUCCCCUAGUUAAUCAAGACUUUAGUAUAGGAUUAUUAAAAUUCAAUCAUAUAUUUCAUCUGAAAAUCAGUAAUAUAGUAAUGGAUGAAAGAGAAAAUUCUCAUUAGUAUUGAAUAUAAUAAAACUUUAGUAGGAAAUCUUUAGAAGAACGAAAUUCAUCAGCUUCAUGACAUCAAUCCGCACUGUAGAUAUUGAAGUAUUUUCAAUCAUUGUGUAUCGGUGUUUUUGUUUUGUAUUGCAUAAUGCUCAAGGUAUUUGUUGCUGAAGAAAUUUUUAUUUCCAAAGUUUAAUAUAUUUUUUAAUUAUACGAACUUUUUGCUGGAUUUUAUGUGCAUAAUUUUACUGACCAUUUUGUGUGAAAUGUUUAAUAUAAUUGGACAUUGUUUUUGAAUCAUAGUUGGGUGAUAAUAUUUAUUUAAAACAUUAUUUGAUGCUUGAUGUGUCAUGAAUAUUAACUCAAUUGUCAUGUUUUAAAACAUACUGAAAUUAGUAACCCUUUUUUAUAUUAAUAGUAUCACAAAAAGUCAGCUAUUGUUUAUCUUUCAUAUUACAAAAAAUGCCUUGUUAGCAAAUCAAAAUGUGUUUAUUGUUGAUAUUAUUAUGUUUCUACACUUUGUUUUAAGGUAAAAGUUCUAUGUUCAGAUGUUUAUGGACCUGCUGUGUUGUUGUUCAUACUGCACACUAUUUGUUACUUCAAGAAAUUCUAUAAAAAUACAUUUUGCUUCUUAGUAACACAGUUUUUUUAAACAAAUAAAUUUUGACAAGUUCUUAUUUUGAAUUAAUGAUGUAAUUACCUGUAUUGUCAACUACCUUUUGCCAUGUAGUUUGCAAAUUUUCAAUUAAUGGUGGUUAAAAAUCAAUCAGGGCUCCCAAAUAAACCUCUUUUCCCUUUAAAUUCUGUGUUUGAGAUUUAAGUCUGUUUUUACAUUUGGUCUUCUUUUAUGUAUUUAAAAAUCAAUUUCAAAAAGCCACUUCCACUCACACUGAUCGGCCAUCAACUAUUGCAUCAAAGCAGUGUGAUAUUCAAUCUUUCUCCUUCCACCAGAAAGAUGCGUCCCCCUCCAUCUCCAAAUCUUAUCAGCCAAAAGGGAGUUCAUAUUAAAAUUGUGAUGGGUAAAAAUGCUCUUUUGAUGUGAGGAUUUUAAUCUAUUUAUUAUUUUUUUAAAAAGAAAAAUCACAAUAAUGGUUCAUUACUGCAAAAAUUAAGUUUAAGUUUCUUUUUUCACUAACUGCAGACUUAAAAAUAAAAACCUAGAUUGAACCCUGUUGCCGUACUUAAGGUUCAUUUGCAACAUAAAGUAAAGGAUGAUGCCACUUGCUACCCAAUCACAAAGACAAUAGAAUGGGAAAUGUCAAGCCUUGGUAAAGUGAAAUCAAUAAGCAAUCUUAAUUGCUCAAAAAAAAAGAAGAAAAAAAGCUUUAUUUGUUUAGUUGAUUACUUAAUUUUUUGUUGUUUAUCACAUAAUUUUCCUUGCAAGUCAAUUUAUGAGCGGCAGUUAUGUGUAAUCAAAUAUGU